AUGUGUACGUACUCUUUAAAUGCCAUUUUUCACAAGAAAGAGAAAGAUAAAGAGAAUCCCUUCUCUGCCCCCUUUUCAGGUUUUCUGUUUCUUUCAAUAAAGAUAUAUUCAAUUAUAAACAUACACAGUACCAUCUUCACUCCCCCAUCAUUUAUUAAUACUUUUCCCCAAUUUGUGUUUUGUUGAUAUGGCUAUUCAAGCGCAGUUAUAUACAGAUAAUCUUGGGUUUUCGUCAGGGGGUUCGCAAGAUUUGAUGGAGAAUGCUUGUGGAGGAUUCAAUCACGUUUGUUUAACUACUCACCAACAACCCAAUUUCCUGCAGCAGCAACAGAUGUUUACCCAGAAAAUCAUAAAUCAGAAUUUGAUGAAUAACAACAUUACUGAAUCAAUGCCUUUUUCCCAGUUUCUAGCGACCCAGAUGGAGAAACAGAGGAAUGAAAUCGAUCAGUUCAUCAUCUUACAGAAUGAAAAAUUGAGAUGGGUUUUAAACGAGCAAAAGAAGCAACAACUUGCAUUGAUCUGGAGAAAAUACGAAUCGAAACUUCUGUUUCUUCUGAAACAAAAGGAUGAAGAAAUUGCAAGAGGAGCAAACAGGACAAAGGAGCUGGAAGAAUACUUAAAAAAAAUGGAAAUGGAGAAUCAAGCAUGGCAGAGAAUCGUGAAUGAAAACGAAGCCAUUGUCAUGUCAUUAAACAACACAAUCGAACAGCUAAGAGAAAGUGGUUAUUGUUUGUCCACCAAUGGAGAAGAUGCAGAAUCUUGCUGUGAUGUUCAUGAUAAUCAGGAUGAUGAAGAAGAACAAGAAACAAGAAAGAUGAUUUGCAAAAGCUGCAAUUCUCGAUUUUCGUGCAUGAUUUUCUUGCCCUGUAGACAUCUUUCUUCAUGCAAACCUUGUGAUUCUCUUCUUCAUCAAUGCCCUGUCUGUGGAAUAGCCAAGAAAGCCAGCAUUGAAGCCUUGAUUUGAGCCCCCCCCCCCCCC